UCAAAGUCAUGUAUACCUGAACACAAAUCCCCAAUUCAUCUAUCCUUCCCUAAUCCAUAGGCUCAUCAUAGGACGCCCGCUAAGGAGGAGGGGUAUUUUUUUUUAACAAGGCAGCCGCAUUAUUACCACCACCGUUGUAAGUUGUAACCCAUGUGCCCCUGCUAUAUAACAAUCCCUUAAGCACUCUUGCUCCUAAGCUGUCCCAUUUCCUCUUCUCCUUCUCCUCCUUCUUCCGGACGCUGUUUGGCGAGGUGCCAACUUUGGUGACCGGCCAUGGAGAGGUUGCCGCCGUGGUGCAUUCUCCUGAUGUGUUUGGCCGUGGCGACGGCGGACCCGUUGCCGCAGUACUACAACGCGAUAUUCAGCUUCGGCGACUCCUUCUCCGACACGGGCAACUUCGUGAUCAUCAACUCGGGCAAGCUGCCCAACAUGCCCAAGUUCCCGCCGCCGUACGCGCGCUGCAGCAACGGGCGCCUGGUCAUCGACUUCCUGGCCGAGGCGCUGGGGCUGCCGCUGCUCCCGCCGUCCGCCAACAAGGGCACCAACUUCAGCCAGGGCGCCAACUUCGCGGUGAUGGGCGCCACGGCGCUGGACCUCAAGUUCUUCCGCGACAACAACGUGUGGAGCAUCCCGCCCUUCAACACCUCCAUGAACUGCCAGCUCGAGUGGUUCCAGGAGGUCAAGCAGACCAUCUGCUCCUCCCCACAAGAGUGCAAGGAGUAUUUUGGGAAGGCGCUGUUCGUGUUCGGGGAGUUCGGGGGCAACGACUACAGCUUCGCGUGGAAGGCGGACUGGACGAACGAGCAGGUGAAAGGGAUGGUGCCCAAGGUGGUGGCGUCCAUGAUCGGCGGCAUCGAGGCGGUGCUGGACGAAGGAGCCAGGCACGUGGUGGUUCCGGGGAACCUCCCGGCCGGGUGCAUCCCCAUCACGCUCACCGUGUACGCCACGGAGGACGCCAGCGAGUACGACCCGCGGACCGGGUGCCUCAAGCGGUUCAACAGCGUGGCGCUCUACCACAACGCGCUGCUCCGGAUCGAGCUCGACCGGCUCCAGCGCCGACGCCCUGAGUCACGCAUCAUCUACGCCGACUACUACACGCCCUACAUUCACUUCGCGCGCACCCCUCACCUCUACGGUUACAAGAGGGGAGCUCUGAGGGUGUGCUGCGGCGGAGGCGGGCCGUACAACUACAACAUGAGCGCGUCCUGCGGGCUGCCCGGCGCCACGGUGUGCGAGGACCCGGACGCGCACGUGAGCUGGGACGGCGUCCACCUCACGGAGGCGCCCUACCGCUUCAUCGCCAACACCUGGCUCAAGGGCCCCUACGCGCACCCGCCCCUCGCCAGCAUCAUCCGCGACGACAUGGUCUACUGAUUAACACACAUCUGUGACAUCUUGUCCAUCUCUCUACCCCUUAGCUUCACAUAAUCCUUUUGUGUGUGUGUGCCUGCGUGUGAUUUGGUUUAUAUUUUGGCAGUAGUACGAGUUUUAGGUCGUGUCACGAGGAGGUGACCUUUGAAUCUUUUCUCGCUGGUACGUAUAUACGGAAAGGGUGUUUUUGGGCGGAGUGUGUUGAUUUUCGAUGGAGUCUGAGAUAGGGCACGGACAUUGUAUUUGUUGGUUGUAUAUUGGCAAGUAAAUCGAUUAGUAGUUCUUUUUUGGCCCCAUGUACUGUAUUCGGUUGUGUAAACAAAAUUGCAUUGUACUACUCUGUAUAUACAAUUGGGGUUCGGUCAA